AUGGCACCGGGACCAGGACCCAGCACUGGAACCGGAACCGGCACUGAGACCGGCACACCCAACACCGGUACUGGGACCAGAACCGGGACCAAGAACCGAGACCCAGCACCCAACACCGGUAUCGGGACCAGAACCGGGACCAAGAACCGAGACCCAGCACCCAACACCGGUACUGGGACCGGAACCGGGACCAAGAACCGGGACCCAGCACCCAACACCGGUAUCGGAACCAGAACCGGGACCAAGAACCGGGACCCAGCACCCAACACCGGUAUCGGGACCAGAACCGGGACCAAGAACCGAGACCCAGCACCCAACACCGCAACGGGAGGAGCCACGACGCAUGCGCAGCAACGUCCCGCUGAUGACUCGCACGUUGCUCGGCAACGGAGGACGCUCAGUCACUGGCGCAUGCGCAAUGGACAACGCGCAUCGCCGGUUGCCGGGUCCGGCGCGGACUGGGAGCGCCAGCAGCGAAUCGCCGCCCGCCGGAACCGCAUCGAUGUCCGGCGCCGGGAAGCCCUUGGAGAGAAGGUGGAGCAGGAGGAGGAGGAGGAGGAAGAGGAGAGGAAGAGCCUGAAGCUGGUCGAGGAGACCGAGAGGGCCCUGGCCAAGCUGCUCUUCCACGGGACGCAGCUGCUGACGAAUGUCCAGGUGGAAUCCGACCUCCGGGAAUCGCGGCGGCGGGAAAAGGAGGGGCGGGAGAAGCUGAGGAGGUUGGAAAAGCUGGAGGCGGAAGCCAGGCAUGGCACGGAAAAGUUGGAGGAGAUCAACUCCAAGUGGGCCCUGGUGGGGGACGUGAGGAUCCCGCAGGAAUUGUGGGAGCUGCUGGAGCAGCAGCAGGAGCAGUGCCAGGAGCUCCUGGCCGGGAAGAACCAGCUCAUCCGAGAGCUCCAGGAGGCGCUGAAGGCCAGGGAUGAGCAGUACGAGCAGGACCUGAAGGAGCAGGCGGAUGCCAUCCGGGUUCUCCUGGAAAGGAUGGAAGAACAAACCAGGAAUAUGCUCAAAGCCUACCGCCACAACCUCCGGCAGAUUGAGAAAACGUUCGAGGAGGAGCGUCGGGAAAUGCUGGUCAGCAACCGGAAGAGGUGGAAUGAGGCCAUCCAGGCCCACAACGAGCAGGAGCUGGAAUUCCUGCGGAAGCAGACGGACAAGGCGCUGGAUUUCGAGCGGCAGCUGAACGAGCUGCAGGAUGAGAGCCUGGAAACCUACAGCAGCAUGAAAUUCCAGCUGGAACAGGACGUGCAGUACCUGGAGAAGAAGCUCCGGCAGAUGAAGGGGAUUUACCACCUGAACCAGGUGAAGCUGGAAUACAACCUGGACGUGCUCCGGCAGCUGGACGUGGAAAAUUCCACGCUCCGAUCCCAGCAGAAAAGGAAAAUCAACCGAUUGCGGACGUCCCUGGAACUGCUGAAGGCCAAAAUGGCCCAGCAGGAGAUGAAAUUCCAAGAGGACAAGCAGAGCCUGGAGUCGGAGCUGGAGCGGGUCACGGGGCAGUUCCAGGAGACGCGGAACCGGAUGAGGCAGCUGAUGCGCAGCAGCGCCGAGAAAUUCCGUCAGGUUUGGAUCGUGAACGAGGAAGAGGCCAAAGCGCUGAUCCGGGAAGCGCUGGAUGCCGAUCGGAUCAUCCACGUCCAGCAGCUGGGAAUGCCGUGGGAAGAACCUCACUUGUGGUUCAUGGAUAACGUGGGGCCCCUGGGAGGCGCCCAGGAAAAGGGGGAUGCCAUGGAGCUGGCCACGAAGCUUCUGGAAGGGCUCAAGUCUGGAAAACCGGAGCAGGAAGGGAGGAGGAGUAAGAAGAAAGGAUCGCGGAGCGCAGAGGGAGGGAAGGAAAACCAGGAAAGGAUUGAGAAAAGAAUCACAUCCCGGCCAGGCAUUCCCAGGAACACCCUCCGGAAAAUCCUGGAGGUCGUGAGCAAGGAGUCGGAAUUCCUGCUGGAAAACAAACUCCUAAAGCCGCUGCGGGAGGUGGUGGGGCCCAGGAAUGACGUCCGGCAGCUCCGAUCCAUCUUCGAGGCCCUCCGGAUCGAGGACGAGGACGAGCUGCGCGCCCUCGUGGAUUUUUUCCUGGACUACGAAUCCCACCACGCGCCCAAGAUCCAGGUCAGCCAGGCGGAAGGUCCCGCGGAUCCGGCUGAGGAGCGAGGGAAGAGCGGAUCCCAUUCCCAGCGGGAUCAGCGCCAGCCCCUCGGGAGCACCCCUCGCAUCCCGUCCAUCCAAGAGGACCAUGUCCUGACAAUCCUGAGGGAAUUCCUACAGGAAUUUGUCAAGCUCAGGGACGAAGGACCCCCCAAGGAAAUCCAGGAUCUCCGGGACAAUUCCAAGGACGGGGAAUACUGGGAAGCCUUCACCCGCGUCAUUCCCGAGCGGAAACUCAAACUUUGGGACGCGCUUGGAGCCGCACUCUCGGAAUAUCACAAAGUGCUGACCCGGAGAUCCCAGCUCUUUUCCGAGGCCACCGCCCUGCAGCGGCAGAACUCGGAGCUGGGAAUGCUCCUGGAAGAAUAUUUGGGAUCCACGCAAGGCCAGUGA